UACAACCCCUCCCCAACAACACCAGCUAACGACUGUCUUCACAGGCUAAUCACCCACUGCCCCUCUCUCUCUCUCUCGCUCGCAAAUAUAGCCUUAAAAAAGUCGCCAUAAUGGAGCUCCGUACGAGACCACUGUCUCCAAAUUAAAUGAUGGAUGGAUCCCCAAGAGGGAGAGGGGGAGGGACUAGGGAGAGAGAGAUAGUGUGUUCAAGAUUCAGGGCCUUCAUCUAAUGGUGUCCUACUUCACAAUCACCCAAUCAAAUAAUGCCACAACAACCAAUUAAUUACAUGGAUGCCAUGCAACCAUCCACAACCAAGAAAACACUUGUUGUCUUCGUAACCUAACUUCCUAUAUAUAUUAUCAAAGCCCCACUAUAGCUUGCAGUCCUCCUUUAAAUCUACUCUCUCUCUCUCUCUCUCAGCGUAAACACAGAGAAAGAAAGAAGAAUCAUACCGAUCAUUGGCUUUUCUAUCUGGGUCUCUGUUACAUGGAUGAGAAGUGGAAGCCAUCAAAGAAAGAAGGUUCGUCUUCAUCAGCUUCUUCAUUUAUUAGGAGUUUCUCAACCAAGAGUUCGUCUUCCAAGUCUCCUCUUUUGAGAAGCUCUUCCCUUAAAUGCUCUUCUCCAAGCAGCAAGUGUCCUCUUCCAAGGAGUUACUCCCAGAAGAACUCUUCCAUUACUCGAAAAUGCAGUAGCUUAGCUAAAGAACAGAAGGCAAGAUUCUAUAUUAUGAGGCGAUGUGUUGCUAUGCUAGUUUGCUGGCAUAAACAUGGAGAUUCUUGAAAGUUUUUCUUGAUCCCUAGAUUAUAUAUAUAUAUACAUGGAUAGAGAUGGAAUCCUUCAAGGGAUUAGAAAUGUAUCUUCUUGGUUGCUUCCCUUUCUUCUUCUUUUUUGCUUUUUUUUUUCUUUUUCUGAGAGAAGGGUGUUGGGUUUGAUUUUGAACACGUCAAUUUUCUAUCAUCACCAAUCAAGAAGAGAGGUUGGUUACAUAGAGAGUUUUCUUCUUUUUUCCCCUUGUUUUUUUUCUUGAAUUUUAGAAGCAGCUUGUAACUAAUUACAAUUUGAAGAGAGCUACAACUUUAAAUCAUAGAUAUCAAAUUUAAUCAAAUAUCAAGUCCCUUAAACAAG